UCAAAUCAGGUGACAUGUGAUUGGCCCAAGCCCCGGCUAUAUAAGCUGUUCUAGAACCGUCGAACAUUCUCUCUUCUAGACAAGGCAAAGCAGGUUAAGGCACUCCAGCUCUCUUACCGGCAUCUUCAUUCAUCUCGAUUUUCUCCAACUUGACAAAAUGUCGAAGGGACCAGCCGUUGGCAUUGAUCUCGGGACCACCUACUCCUGCGUGGGUGUUUUCCAGCAUGGAAAAGUUGAGAUCAUUGCUAAUGACCAAGGAAACAGAACCACACCAAGUUAUGUAGCUUUCACAGAUUCUGAGAGAUUGAUUGGAGAUGCUGCUAAAAAUCAGGUCGCUAUGAAUCCCACCAACACAGUCUUUGAUGCCAAGCGUCUGAUUGGCCGCAGGUUUGAUGAUGGUGUUGUUCAGUCUGACAUGAAGCACUGGCCUUUCAAUGUCAUCAAUGACAAUACCCGUCCUAAGGUCCAGGUUGAUUACAAGGGUGAGACCAAGUCAUUCUACCCGGAGGAAAUUUCCUCCAUGGUCCUUGUAAAGAUGAAGGAAAUUGCUGAAGCUUACCUUGGAAAGACUGUUUCCAAUGCUGUCGUCACAGUCCCUGCCUACUUCAAUGACUCUCAGCGACAAGCCACCAAAGAUGCUGGUACCAUCUCUGGCUUGAAUGUUCUGCGUAUCAUCAAUGAGCCAACUGCUGCUGCUAUUGCCUAUGGUCUAGAUAAAAAGGUCGGUGCUGAGAGGAACGUCCUCAUCUUCGAUCUUGGUGGUGGAACUUUUGAUGUGUCCAUUCUGACAAUUGAAGAUGGCAUCUUUGAAGUCAAAUCCACUGCUGGAGACACUCACCUGGGUGGCGAAGACUUUGACAACCGCAUGGUGAACCAUUUCAUCACUGAAUUCAAACGCAAGCACAAGAAGGACAUCAGCGACAACAAGAGGGCUGUUCGCCGUCUUCGUACCGCCUGUGAGAGGGCAAAGCGCACCCUAUCCUCCAGCACCCAGGCCAGUAUUGAAAUCGACUCCCUCUAUGAGGGUAUCGACUUCUAUACAUCCAUCACCAGGGCCCGCUUUGAAGAGCUCAACGCAGACCUGUUCCGUGGCACUUUGGACCCCGUCGAGAAGUCACUUCGUGAUGCCAAGAUGGACAAGGCUCAGAUCCAUGACAUUGUCCUGGUUGGUGGCUCCACUCGUAUUCCCAAGAUUCAGAAACUGCUCCAGGACUACUUCAACGGCAAAGAGCUCAACAAAAGCAUCAACCCCGAUGAGGCUGUUGCCUACGGAGCAGCUGUCCAGGCCGCUAUCCUCUCUGGUGACAAAUCUGAGAACGUUCAGGAUCUGCUGCUGCUUGAUGUCACUCCUCUAUCUCUUGGAAUUGAGACCGCUGGUGGAGUCAUGACUGUGCUCAUCAAGCGUAACACCACAAUCCCAACUAAGCAGACUCAGACUUUUACAACAUACUCCGACAACCAGCCCGGUGUGCUCAUUCAGGUCUAUGAGGGUGAGCGUGCCAUGACCAAGGAUAACAACUUACUUGGCAAGUUUGAGCUCACUGGAAUUCCCCCUGCACCUCGUGGUGUUCCUCAGAUUGAGGUCACUUUUGACAUUGAUGCCAAUGGCAUCAUGAAUGUUUCAGCUGUUGACAAGAGCACAGGAAAGGAGAACAAAAUCACGAUCACCAAUGAUAAGGGUCGUCUCAGCAAGGAGGACAUUGAACGCAUGGUGCAGGAGGCUGAAAAGUACAAAUCUGAGGAUGACGUGCAGCGUGAGAAGGUGUCAUCAAAGAAUGGUCUGGAGUCAUAUGCUUUCAACAUGAAGUCCACAGUGGAGGAUGAGAAAUUGAAGGGCAAGAUCAGUGAUGAAGACAAGCAGAAGAUCCUUGACAAGUGCAAUGAAGUCAUCACCUGGCUUGACAAGAACCAGACUGCUGAGAAGGAAGAGUUUGAGCAUCAGCAGAAAGAGCUGGAGAAGGUGUGCAAUCCCAUCAUCACCAAGCUGUAUCAGACUGCUGGAGGCAUGCCUGGUGGAAUGCCUGAAGGUAUGCCCGGUGGCUUCCCAGGUGCUGGCGCUGCCCCAGGAGGUGGUGGAUCCUCCGGCCCAACCAUCGAGGAGGUUGACUAAGCCAUUUCCAAAGCUACUCUGCUACCUCCAUAGUUAUGUUAACUGUUACCCUCUGUAGUUGGACUCCUCUGAAAUUUCUUGUUGAAGUUUUGGAAGACUUCAACUUUCAGAGAGAUUGUUGAAAUUGAUAAAAGGGAUUAAGUGAUCACUUAUUUCCAGAUAACUGAGAACAUUUUCUACAUUAAUCGCACAACCUAUUUGUUUUCACAAAUUUUCCAAAUGCCUUAGUGCUUGAUGUGAACAAAUAAAAUGAUUACUUCUUCCCAA